CCAGGGAGGAUCUAAUGCGCCCUGGCGUUGGCUCUACGAGUCCCUGCCACCUCUUAAAAGGGAUAAUGCCUCUGGGCAUUGACAGUACCGUUCUUCUUUCUCGGCAACUAAAAUCACAGCGCUGGAGGAAUAAUAUCUUGCAUCACCUCGGGUUGGGCGGCCGAUUUCCAUGGAUUCCAACCAUAUCUGGCCCUAUCCUCAACCUCAGGCAGCGACCACCCAGACUGCGUUCGCCACGACCGCGGUCGCCCCCGGGGCACCAGCCAUAGCCAUGGCGGAAGCACCGGUUCUCCCGGAUUCCUAUCUCCACUACGCACAGCAACACCCCGCUGCCCAGCCACACCACUUUCCCCACUCUACUGCCUACUCGACUUACCAUUACUACCACAACCCUAACCCUAACCCCACCCUUGACUCCAACCCCUAUGCCAACCCUGCUCCUGAGGCUCCGCUCCAGUCUGACGCCCACCCCGUCCACCUCCGGCUCCCGGACAAUGCUGAUGUUAGUGGCCACUAUGGUGGACACGCGAUGCUUCAUUCGUCGUCUUAUUCUUACGACGGAGUACCGCCCUCCUCAGUGUCGGUGGUUUUCCACGGUCACACGCAGGGUCUCGGCAUGGAGCAGGUGGUUCAUUCCUAUGAAAAUUUCCCACUUGGUGGUGGUUGUGCUGACCGGAGUACAGGGAGGAUGAUUGGCUUCGGAUGUGAGUCUCAUGGCCUUUAUCAGCUUCAACAACCCUCUCUUGUUGGCUCGGCGGCGGCAUCUCUACUUCUUAUUCAUGCUCAGUUGGGACAUCCAGGUCCAAAUCACACCUCCGCAUGGGAACGAGAGGGUAAUGCAUUCAAUCUCUAAACUAACAAAGAAGGCAACAAAAGUUCAGAAGCGGUCCACUAAAGUUGUGCAAUCUGUAUAUUGUGAAGUUUGCAAAAUCAAGUGUGACACCCAACAAAUCCUCAUGUCACACAAACAGGGAAAGAAACACAAAAAAAAUAUGCAGAAACUACAGGAAUCCAUUACGGCAAAAAUUACAAAUGCUCCUUCAAUCAUCGCACAGGAUAAAGUACCAGUUGUGGAUCCUGACAAAGAAAAACCUACAGCUGAACGAAAAAGGAAAAAUAAUACACCAGCAACGGCUCAGGAUCUGGAAGAAAAGAAGCGGAGGGUUCUUGAAUGUGGAGCAGAUGCUGCGCAGUUGAAGAUUUGUGCCAUUUGUAACGUUGUAGUCAACAGUCAGAAGGUAUAUGACUUUCAUAUUUCUGGGCAGAAGCAUGCGGACAUGGUGAAAAAAAGAGAAGAAAAAGGUUCAAUUCACGGCAUGUCCUAGAUUAUCAAUUAGCUAGUUCUCCAGAUAUUGUGAGCAGAAGCUUUUUGAAUUUUAUGCCACAUAUUAGGCUUAAUCCUUGUACUCUAUCUCUGUUUUCAUAGCUUGCACAACGUGGUAGUUUGUUUCUUUUGUGCAUCA